AUAAAGUUUUCAUAAUUUCCUGAAAAACAAUUCUGUGACUCACUAUUUGAUGCCUUUCUGUGUUUUCAAAGUUUGCAACAAAAUAUUAUUUUUAUACAAAAUAUUUACUUAAAUUUCAGUGAAUGACAAUUGUAUAGUUGUUUUCAAUUGAUAUAAAUUUGAAAUUUCUCUUAAAAGUUAACAUUAAUAACUGAAUAAUGUCUGGAAUACCAUCGCGAAGAAAUUCUUCGUAUGGAUCCUCUUCUUCUGGAUACUCGAGCUCAUCAUCUCAAAGGACUUCUACCAAAACGGCUCAAUCGAUUAGAAGAUCCCAAUCAAUGCGUUACACCCAAAGACAUAACAGCAAUAUGAGCACAAACAGCACCGGAGCUGUUCUGCCCCUCAAUAAGUCCAAAAGAGUGGCUUCCAUUCCCUCCAACAUUGCCAACACUGGCGAUAAGAUUCUCACCAAAGAUGAAGAAUACAAUAAUGAAUAUAAUAUCAAGAAUCAGUUGAAAGAUAGUGGAAAAUCGGAAAAUUUGUUCAAUUUUAUCAUUGCCAAAGAUUUGGAUCAUUUCAAAAAUGAAAAAGUGAUCCGUAUUUUAGUGGUGGGCUCUCAGGACAGCGGAAAAACAUCACUCGUCUCUCAAUUCUCAUAUUUUCUUGAGGACCAGAGAAGACAAUUCGGUCCAAAUCAACAGCAAAAGUAUCUGAUCCUUAACUUUAGGGAAAUCGAGAGAUUAGACAAUUGUUUUCCGCGAUCGCCGAUCACUAUCUAUAUGCCCGACGCAUAUAUUGUCAUCUAUGCCGUCAACGACAGAAAUAAAAACGGACGACAAUUAGCCACAGCCAACAAUUGCAAGUACAUUGAGACCAGUUGUGCCAUAUCUCACAACAUCGACUUCUUGCUCACUGGAAUCGGUGCGCAAAUCAAUCUCAAGAAUGGCUCAAAUAAAUCAGGUCAAACCAGCAAUUCUGGACGAAAACCUAAUUUAUUCAAACGCUUAUUACGAAAG